AUGGCACUUCAAUGCUUCACAUGGACUACAGAACUCUUGGGUUCAUUAUUCAAUAUCAUAUGUAAAGAUGAAGAAGAUCUUGCAGAAACUUUCGGACGUUUGCCAGAUUGUCUCAUCAUUGAUGUUCUGAGUAGACUUCCAUUAGAUUGCCUUGUUAGAUUUCAAAGGGAUUGUAGGGAUUUGAGAGCUUUGAUCUCAACACACGAUUUUGCCACCGUACAUCUCAGUAGAGCUAGACCCAUGCUGCUCAUACAUGAUUUUGUCAAGAGUACCAAGAACGGGCAGCAACUAUAUGUGUUUGGUACUGAACAUCUUAAUGGGAAGAAUGUGUUCAGGAAACUUCAUCUCAGACCUGAGCUUAUGAUCAAUAAUAAACGCUGGGAAAAACCCCCAAUUCUUCAAUACUCUUGUCAAGGAGUUCUUCUGUUUGUUGAUCGCAUGUGGCCUAUUUAUUAUGCUUUGAACCCGAUAACACAAGAGGAAGUAACCAUAAAAAAUACACCAGUCCCCGGAAAAUCAUGUGCUCUUUAUUUUUGUCCAUUAACAAGACAAUUCAAACUUCUUUAUGCACAGGCACGAGGCAGUUUGUGUCAGUAUUUUGUAUACAUGUUCAAGACACGGACGUGGAGGAAAAUCCAUUCAUCGUCCACCUUCAACUUUUUGCCAUAUCUUAACUCUCACGCAGUUGUUAAUGGAGCAUUGCAUUGGAUCAUGUAUGCUGAUUUUGAAAAAGAAGGGAUUCCUCCUUGUGCAAAUGGAAUCAUGGUAUUUAGAAUGGAUAAGGAAGAACUCUCCGCUAUGCCUCAUCCUGGAAGUGUGUGUACCUCAAAGAAAGUGCAUACAACUAUGACUCUUUUAGUGAAGGAAAACUGUUUGUCUUUCUGUCACUUGCUUGUCUCUGAGUAUGCAGUGGAUAUAUGGAUCUUGGAGGACUAUAAAAUGAGGACAUGGAACAAAAGGUACAAGGUUAAUCUCUUUGAUAAGAAAAUUUUUCCUUUUAGUUUGCCUUACACUCGGCCCGGGUCGACAUCUAUAGACGUGUAUUGGUGGAUAAAGCUUAUUAAUAUCCAAGGCGGUGAACUUCUCUUUUACUUGUGCGAUAGAGGUUUAUUUUCUUAUAAUUUAGAUCAUAAAACUGUGAAGAUAUUUGAAUUACCGCAACAAAAAGAGUCAUAUGCUUGUAGGACUUAUAUAGAGAGCCUGCUGGCAAUAACUUAA